CAGGAGGUGGGGGUGGGAGGAGAUGGGGCCAACCAAAGGAGGGAGGGCGGCGAGGGGGGCCGGGGACCGGGAAGAGGCUGACAGCCCAGGAGAAGUUGCUGCGGGAAGGCAGGAGAGACCCCGAGGCACCAGAGAGGACCGAGUGACGGAGGUGAAGUCAUGUGGCGGCUGCUGACCCUGCUGGCCGUGGGGCUGGGCGCCGUGGGCUUGGGCAGGGCGGAGCUCUCGGCCGCCCAGCAGCAGGGCCUGCAGGUGGCCCUGGAGGAAUUCCACAAGCACCCGCGCGUGCAGUGGGCCUUCCAGAAGACCAGUGUGGACAGCGCCACCGACACGCCCUACCCGGCGGGGACCUUUGUGAGGCUGGAAUUUAAGCUCCAGCAGACGAGCUGCUGGAAGAAGGACUGGAAGAAGCCCGGGUGCAAGGUCAAGCCCAUCGGGAGGAAGCGGACAUGCCUGGCCUGCGUCAAGCUGGACCAUGAGUUUAAAGUCCUGGGCCGGAUGGUCCACUGCCCCAUGGAGAUGCAGGUUCAGCGGGAGUCCAAGGAGCACCAGGAGGCCCAGUGCAGCAGGGUGGAGCACAUCGGCGAGGACCCCCACAGCUUCUACUUCCCGGGGCAGUUUGCCUUCCUCAAGGCCUCCCCCCCCAGCUGAGGCCCUGACCGCGCUUCAUCCUGCUUUCUGCACAGCGGUGGGAGGUAGCCAGUGAAAGCCAGCCCUCCCUCCCUGCGCCCUGGGAGGGCGAUCCCCUGACCCCUGAGCUAAUAAACUGCUCUCAGAACCAUGCUCUC